GGGAGCCAGGGGGUGGAGGCGGGAGAGACCCCUCGGGACCCCCCCAAACCUCCAUCAGAACCCCCCAAACCUCCCUCAGGACCCCCCCGGACCUGAACUGGAGGCUCUCCAGUGGUGGGUGAGCCCCUGGCUCUGGGGUCUGCUCAUGGGGGGCUUCGCUCGUUCCCCUCCCCUCACGCUGAGGGUGCCAACAUGGCGGGCGGUCCCCAUUUCCCUCACCCACCUCCCCUUAUCUCCCCGUGGGGAUCUCCGUCGUGGCACGGCUCCUGUCCCCGCCGUGUCCCUUCUCCCUGCCCGCCGCUGCUGUCGCAGUCACCCAAGCGUGGCCCUGGACUGGAAGCAGCUGCUGGACAGGUGCAGCCACCAAGCCAACCCCCCCCAGUGUCCCCAACCCCCCCCGUGUGUGUCCCCAACCCCCCCAGUGUCCCCAAGCCCCCCCCCCCCCGUGUCCUCUCCGCGUCGUCCCCCCCGGCCGAGAUGAGGCAGAGCCCCCCGGAGAGGAGCUUGGGCCAGGGCGCAGCGGCGCUGGCGCGAUGAGCCCCCCGGUCCCCGUCCCCGCCGGCAGGAUGCUGCUCGCCCUGGCCCUGGCCUGCGCCAGCCCCUUCCUGGAGCCGCCGGCGGCGCCGCGCCGCACGCUCAACGUGGCCGUGAUCCUGAGCGGGGCCUCCUACGGCCCCGCCGGGCCCCGCCUGGCGCCCGGAACCUUCCGGAACUUCUCUCUGGACGUGAACCCCGUGGGGGUGGUGCUGAACGACACCAACCCGCGCAGCCUCAUCGUGCGCCUGUGCGACGUGCUGUCCUCGCUGCGCAUCCACGGCGUCGUCUUCGAGGACGACACGCGCUCCGAGGCCGUGGCGCAGAUCCUCGACUUCAUCUCGGCCCAGACCUCCGUGCCCAUCAUCGGCGUCAACGGCGGCUCCGCCAUCGUCCUCACGCCCAAGGAGAAGGGCUCCACCUUCCUGCAGCUGGGCUCCUCCACGGAGCAGCAGCUCCAGGUGAUCUUCGAGGUGCUGGAGGAGUACGACUGGACGGCCUUCGCCGUGGUCACCACGCUGCUGCCCGGCUACGAGGACUUCGUGGACUACGUGGAGGUGCUGACCGACAGCAGCUUCAUCGGCUGGGAGCACCGCGGCGUGGUCACCCUGAACCUGACCGACGACCCCGAGGGCGCGCGGACGCGCCGGCAGCUGCGCGAGGUGACGGCGCAGAUCCGGCUGCUCUACUGCUCGCGCGACGAGGCCGAGGCCGUGUUCCGCGCCGCGCGCGACGCCGGCCUCACCGGGCCCGGCUACAUCUGGUUCGUGGUGGGCACCAACCUGGGCGGCAGCGAGCAGCUGCCCGAGCACGUCCCCGCCGGGCUGUUCGCCGUGCUGUCGGCCGGCUGGCGCGACGACCUCCAGCACCGCGUGCACAACGGCGUGGCCAUCGUGGCCAAGGGCGCCGAGGCGCUGCUGCGCGACUACGGCUUCAUCCCCGAGUUCAACAACGACUGCCGCGCGCCCCAACACACGCUCGGGGUCGGGUUGGACAGGUACUUCAUGAACAUCACGUGGGGACAGAAGGAUUUCUCCUUCAACGAGGACGGGUACCUGGUGAACCCCUCGCUGGUCGUCAUCUCCCUCAACAAGGAGCGCAACUGGGAGGUGGUGGGCAGCUGGGAGCAGCAGGUGCUGAGGCUCAAGUACCCGGUGUGGUCGCGCUACGGGCGGUUCCUGCAGCCCGUGGAGGACGGGCGGCACCUGACGGUGGCCACGCUGGAGGAACGUCCCUUUGUCAUCGUGGAGAACAUCGACCCGGCCACCGGCACCUGCAUCCGCGACUCCGUGCCCUGCCGGCGCCAGCUCAACCGCACCGCCAGCCCCCCACCCUUUGAGAAGAAGUGCUGCAAGGGUUUCUGCAUCGACAUCCUGAAGCGCCUGGCGCGGGCCCUGGGCUUCACCUACGACCUUUACCUGGUCACCAACGGCAAGCACGGCAAGAAGAUCGAUGGCGUCUGGAACGGCAUGGUGGGGGAGGUGUUUUACCGCCGCGCGGACAUGGCCAUCGGCUCCUUGACCAUCAACGAGGAGCGCUCCGAGAUCAUCGACUUCUCGGUGCCCUUCGUGGAGACCGGCAUCAGCGUCAUGGUGUCCCGGAGCAACGGCACCGUGUCCCCCUCCGCCUUCCUGGAGCCGUACAGCCCGGCCGUGUGGGUGAUGAUGUUCGUCAUGUGUCUCACCGUGGUGGCCGUCACCGUCUUCAUCUUCGAGUACUUCAGCCCCGUGGGCUACAACCGGAGCCUGGCCAGCGGCCAGCGUGCAGGUGGCUCCACCUUCACCAUCGGCAAGUCCAUCUGGCUGCUGUGGGCGCUGGUGUUCAACAACUCGGUGCCGGUGGAGAACCCCAAGGGCACCACCAGCAAGAUCAUGGUGCUGGUCUGGGCCUUCUUCGCCGUCAUCUUCCUCGCCAGCUACACCGCCAACCUGGCGGCCUUCAUGAUCCAGGAGGAGUACGUGGACACCGUGUCCGGCCUCAGCGACCGCAAGUUCCAGCGGCCCCAGGAGCAGUACCCCCCGCUGAAGUUCGGCACGGUGCCCAACGGCAGCACGGAGAAGAACAUCCGCAGCAAUUACCCGGCCAUGCACAGCUACAUGGUGCGCUACAACCAGCGCGGCGUGGAGGACGCGCUGCAGCACCUCAAAACGGGGAAGCUGGACGCCUUCAUCUACGACGCGGCCGUGCUGAACUACAUGGCCCGCAAGGAGGAGGGCUGCAAGCUCGUCACCAUCGGCUCGGGCAAGGUCUUCGCCUCCACCGGCUACGGCAUCGCCCUGCAGAGGGGAUCCCGCUGGAAGCGCCCCGUGGACCUGGCCCUGCUCCAGCUCCUGGGGGACGAUGAGAUCGAGAUGCUGGAGCGGCUCUGGCUGUCGGGGAUCUGCCACCAGGAGAAGCUGGAGGUGAUGAGCAGCAAGCUGGACAUCGACAACAUGGCCGGGGUGUUCUACAUGCUGCUGGUGGCCAUGGGGCUGAGCCUGCUGGUCUUCGCCUGGGAGCACCUGGUGCACUGGAAGCUGCGGCACCUGGGCACGCCCGGGCGGCUGCGCUGCCUGCUGGCCAUCAGCAGGGGCAUGUACAGCUGCUGCAGCGCCGAGGACCCCCCCACGCCCCCCCCACGCCCUGCGCGCCCCCUGCGCGGCCCCCGCCGCCCCCCACCCCCCCCGCCCUGCCCACGCCCACCCCCCCCCCGCGACCCGCCGCCCCCCCCCCCGAGCGCUGGCGCCCCCCCGCACGCCCCCCCCCCCCCCCCGCCCCGCCGGGGCCCCCCCGACUCCUUCCACCGCUUCUACGGCCCCAUCGAGCCGCAGGGGCUCAGCCGGGGGGGCGCGGGGGGGCCCUGCCCGCGCUCCCCGCCCCCCCGCACGCCCCCCGCCCGCUACGCGGCCCCCCCGGAGCCCUUCACCCCCACCCUGGCCUCGCCGCGCCCCCCGAGCCGCUGCUGCGGCCCCGCCCCCACCUGUGCCGGGGGCACCCCCCGCACCUGGCGGCCCCCGCCCGGGCCCCCCCCCCCGGGGCUGUACCCCGACAUCUCCGACUCGGACUCGGAGGGCUGCGAGCGGGGCCCCCCCGGGCCCCCCCCGGGGCGCUGCUGGUCGGCCGAGAAGCUGGGGGGGCCCUGGGGGGGAGGGGGGGGCGGCGGCUGGGGGGGCAGCCUGGAGUUUUUGGGGGGUCCCCCCCUGCCCCCCCCGCACUACGCGCCCCUCCCCCUCCCCCCGCCGCCGCCGCCCCUCCCCCGCUGCCGCAGCUGCUCGGCCGAGCGGCUCCGGGACUGGGAGGGGGGGGGGCGGCGCUGGGGGCCCCCCCCCCGGGCUAUUGGGGCGGGGGUCCCUGGGGCGGGUUUUGGGGGGCGCCCCCCCCCCCGCGCCCCGCCGCCACGGCCCCCGCCCACUGCGCGCGCCCGGCCCCCCCCCCGGCCUCGCGCAGCCUCGAGGACCUGA